CUUGCAAGAGCGCAGGUUUGACUGAGCCUGCAGAAUCCCGGUUGAACAAACUCGCCAGGCACACGCGCACAACUUCCAAAACUUCCUUGCCUGAAGUGAACUUGGUGCGCGCGCGUCCGUUGGUCUCGCGAGAGCGCGCCCCGGGACGCUCGCCGCCUUGUCACUCACUCUCACAGUCGGUGGAGUUGUUGGGAGAUGAUUAUGCAUCCCUUCGGGUGUCGGGUUCCCCUGUUCCUUGGGCUUUUAAUAACGUUAUUUCUAACAGACUCAUCGGCUUCAGAACAGUCGCGUAUCCCGAACGAGAAUCUCCUCGUACUUACAGUAGCAACCAAAGAAACUGAUGGCUUCAAACGCUUUAUGAUGACUGCGAAGCAUCUCAACUACACAGUUAAGGUACUUGGUGCUGGGGAAGAAUGGCGUGGAGGCAAUAUACCACACUCAAUUGGCGGGGGACAGAAAGUCCGAUUAUUGAAGGAGGAGAUGCAAAACCACGCAGAUCGUGAUGAUCUUGUAAUAUUAUUCACUGACGGUUAUGAUGUUCUAUUUGCUGGUGGUCCUGAAGAGUUGCUGACCAAGUUCCAGCAGUUCAACCACAAGGUGGUCUUUAGUGCUGAAGGAUACAUCUGGCCAGAUAACAGGCUCACAGAGAAGUAUCCCAAUGUCCGCAGUGGGAAGAGGUUCCUCGGUUCAGGAGGGAUUAUUGGAUAUGCUUCUUCAAUUAAUAGCAUUGUAGAGAAAUGGCAACUACAUGAUAAUGAUGAUGAUCAACUGUUCUACACCAAAAUUUACAUUGAUCCUGUAAAGCGACAAUCCAUCAACAUAACUUUGGAUCACAAAAGCAAAAUCUUCCAAAACUUAAACGGAGCUGUAGAUGAAGUAGAGUUGCAGUUCGAACCAACCAGGGUCAGAACCAAGAACAUGAUAUUUAACACAUUGCCUGUACUAAUCCACGGCAAUCGGCAAACCAAACACUUGCUGAAUUAUAUGGGUAACUAUGUACCUGAUGCUUGGACUUCUGAAACUGGCUGUACGGUUUGUGACAUCGAUUUGUUGGACUUGUCAUCCCUGGAUGAAUACCCUAGUGUGACUGUCGGCAUAUUCAUUGAACAGCCAACACCCUUCCUUCCAGAGUUUUUGGAAAGACUGUUGACCAUCGAUUAUCCGAGAGAGAAGCUUAAGUUUUUCAUACACAAUAAGGAAGUUUACCACGAAAAGCAUUUACUCAAGUUCUGGAAGAAAUACAAAGGUAUAAUUAAAGUGAAGUUUGUCGGGCCUGAGGAAGUCUUAAGCGAAGGAGAUGCAAGGAAUAUGGGAAUGGAUUACUGUCGGAUGGAUCCAGGAUGUGAUUAUUACUUCAACCUUGAUUCAGAUGUUGUACUGACAAACCCAAACACCCUCAAAUUUUUAAUUCAGCAAAACAGGAAGAUAAUUGCACCAAUGGUUACCCAGUACAAGAAGCUGUGGUCCAAUUUCUGGGGUGCACUGAGUCCUGAAGGCUUCUACGCACGCUCUGAGGACUACAUUAAUAUUGUCGAAGGAAGCAGAGUAGGUGUGUGGAAUGUCCCAUACAUAGCUCACGUGUACCUGAUUAAAGGUGAGGCCUUAAGAACAGACUUAAAGGAAAGGAACUACUUUAAUCAGGACAGGAUGGAUUCUGAUAUGUCUCUCUGCAGAAAUGUCAGGGAACGGGUGAGAGAAAGGCCUUCUGACCUCAAAUCAAGAGAGUUGAAAAUAGAAAAAGAAAGAAAGCCCCCUACUGUGGAAAGUUGCCAUAUGUUCAAGCCCCCAAAGGGGGUUUUCAUGUAUGUUAGCAACCUGCAUGAGUUCGGAAGACUUCUCCCGACAGAAGGUUACAACACCUCAAACUUGCAUGGUGACCUGUGGCAGAUCUUUGAUAAUCCAUUGGAUUGGAGAGAGAAAUACAUUCAUCCAAACUAUUCAAAGAUAUUCACAGAAGAGAUUGUUGAAGAGCCAUGUCCUGAUGUCUUCUGGUUCCCAGUAUUUUCUGAGGCAACGUGUGACGAACUCGUGGAGAUAGUGGAGAACUACGGUGAAUGGUCUGGUGGAAAGAACGAGGAUAAGCGACUAGUGGGCGGAUAUGAAAAUGUUCCCACCGAUGACAUACACAUGACUCAGAUUGGUCUGGAUCAGGUGUGGCUACACUUCAUUCGGGAGUACAUCGCUCCAGUUACACUGAAGCUGUUUUCUGGUUAUCACACUAAGGGAUUUGCCAUGCUGAACUUCGUUGUGAAGUAUACACCGGAGAGACAGGCCUAUCUAAGGCCUCAUCAUGACUCCUCUACAUUCACAAUCAAUAUCGCCUUAAAUAAUAAAGGAAUAGAUUACCAGGGUGGAGGCUGCAAAUUCCAUCGAUAUAACUGUUCUGUGAAGUCCCCCAGGAAAGGAUGGAGUUUCAUGCAUCCAGGAAGAUUAACACAUCUUCAUGAAGGGCUGCCAACUACAAAUGGAACAAGAUACAUUGCAGUGUCUUUUGUUGAUCCAUAGAACUCCAGUGUCUUUGCAUCCUAAUGAAUCCCCAGAAAGUGACUAUAGGCUCUUCUCUUGAAGCUUCUGACAUCCAGUUCAUUAAAUAUAUUUUAAAACAGAUGUUUGAAUUUUUCUGUUAGGACCCAGAAAUGAUUUUUAUUUUAAAACAGAUUUCUAUUAAACUUGAAUGUUAUUUGUAUGAAGGUAAGUGUCAGUAAAAUAGGCGCUAGGCAGAAAAGCUUCUUUUGUUAAAGUUAUGAAGUGCCUCUUGCUGUUGAACUGUUGAAGGGCAUCUCCCAGAGAUGUUGUUUCAGAGUCUUAUGUUAAGAUGAUACAGAAGCCAAAUCUGCAAAUUUAUUUGUUCAGGGUAUUUUAAUAGCCUUUGUCACUUGUUUCUUGCCUCUGGAAAUGGGUUUUCACUAAUGUUUUCAUUCAGACCGGUUGUCUUCAAUAUAGCAGCCACAGGGAACCCCCUUGCCACUGUGAAUAGGCCAGCUGAAAUCAAUCUGCAUAAGUCAACUGACAUUGUUCAGCCACAAAGAGACAAAAUACCUUGCCCAUAAGCUGUUUACUGCCAGUCCCUUCUUCCUACAAAAUUGAUUACUCAAUCUAGUCACUUUAAAUUACUUUCUUAUUUUCCAGCCUGCUUUAUUUUUUGAAAGAAGGGCUUGCACAACCAGUUCAGCAACACCAAACUCUUUAUGAGCAGAUUUUAAGUUUUUGUCUUUUGCUUAUAUACAUACAAAACACUUUCCUAAUUGAUAAAAGAAAUCUCUGACAAGUUCAUUUACUGUUACCUGGUGUAAGACACCUUAUUCACAAUAAAUCUAUUCUGACACAAUAAACUGCACAACAGAAUAAAGUGUGCUGUGUGUGACCUGCCUGGGGACAGGUGGGCUAGAGUUAACUUAUUCUGCCUAUUGUUCUUAAGUUGAAAUAAAAAUAAUGUUUUGUAAAAGAAGAUU